AUCAAAAUACACUUGAGUAAACAAUUAGUAAUUAUUUACGUAUAAAUUUUGUACUGAUAUUUAAGUAUUAUUAAUUAUAUAAAAUAAAUACAAUCUGUGUUGUAUACAAAUUUAAUUAGUUUGUAAUCCAAUUCGCAGGAAAUGGUAGAGGAAACAGUAAAUACGAACAAUAAAUCAAAGACAAAAUCAUCAGACAAACCUAGAUAUGUAUAUUCAUGGAGUGUCACAGAUGUUCAGAAGUGGUUCAGACGACACUGCAGUGAUUACUUUUCACUAUAUUCAGACACGUUUUUAAAACACGACAUUACAGGAAGAACACUACUCAGAAUUAAUGAUAAUUCAUUAUUAAGACUUGGAAUUACAGACAAGAAGCAUCGAGAUGAUAUUUGGAGGGAAAUUUUGAAAUUACGCUUGAAAACUGACAUCUUAGAAAUUAUUGAUUUGGAGAAGCAUAACACCAAUAAUUUAUUUUAUGACUACACUAUUGCAUAAAAUUAUUUAGUUAGUUAUUUUCUAGAUAUUAGAAUGAUAUUAACAUUAUAAUCAAGAUAAAUCCUGUUAAGUGGUAUAAUACAAUUCUUAAGACAAAUUGUACUCAGUCUACUGUGAAUAUUAAAAUUGUUGACAAAUUAUCAAUGUGAAUUUAAGUGUGAGCCACAAAUUCUGAGAUGACUAAUUUUAAAUAUUCAAAUGUAGUCUUUUUGCAUGUUAUAUUUGUUCUAUGUUUUUUAUGAGCGUUGUCUUAUUGAGGUAAUAUUUUUGUAUAUGGAUUUUAUAUAUUUUUCUAUUUAAUAAACCUUUUAAGAAUGUAA